AUGGCAAAGUCAAAGCCAUUAUCAAAUAAUACAAAUAAUAACAAUAUAUUUGCAGUACUUGGUGAUGAAGAUGAUUAUGAAAAUGAAUCUACAUCAUCGUCAAUUACUAAAAAAACAAAAAAGAAUAAAAAUAAUAAAUCAUCAGUAAUUGAAUCACCAAAACAAAAUAAAAAAGAUAAAAAAAAUAAAAAAGAAAAAGUUUCAUCUGAUGAAGAAGAAGAAGAAGAAGAACAUGAAGAAAAAGAAAAUAAAAUUAAGAAAUCAUCAAAUGAAGAAAAAGAGAAAUUAGAUAGAAUUGAGCAAGAUAGAUUUGAGAUACCAACACCAUCAAUAUUUAAUCAAAUUGUUACAAUAUUCAUUUGUAUUUUAUUAACAGUGGUUUUAUAUGCAUCACCUACAUUUUUAGGUGAGUUUAUUUCAUUGGGUGGUUCAAUCAUAUUGGCUCUAUUCACAUUAUAUUUAAUAAAGGAAUUGGUUAUGCCUGUAACAAAGGAUGUAAAUAAAUUUAAAACUUUGUAUGUCAUCAAUGAAAUUCAACAAUUAAGAAAAGAGAAAUCAGUCUUAAAGAAUGCUCCAAAAUCAACUUCAAAUGAUAAGAAAUUAAAAUAUAUUAAAGAAAGAAUAAAUAAUUUAGAAUUGGAAUUUGAAAAAUUAGAUUCAAAAAAUAAUAAAAAAAAUGAAAAUAAUAAUAAUAAUAAUAAUAAUAAUAAUGAUAAUGAUAAUGAUGAUAUACUUUCAAAUUUAAAAAAUGAUAAUAGCAACAUGGGCUUUUUCGGAUUUAUUGGAUCAUUAAUUGUUUUUUUAAUUAAAACACCAUUUUUAUUGGCAUUCUUCUUACUUAAAUUAAUCUUCCACCCAAUUUCAAUUUUAGUUGGAUUAAUUGCAUUAUACUUAUAUUACACCAGUGGUGAAAAGAAGGAUAUUCCUUUCGUUCCAAAAUUCGCACCAGCAUUCAAUCCAAAGACAGCAGGUUCUCACAGUGGUACUAAAGGUGCUAAAGGAGUCGUAAAAUCAAAACAUGGUUAA